GUGUUUGUUCAUGUCUGGAAGAGCUUAGCUUUAGCAUGUUCAUUCGCUGUAUUUGCUGUGGAGACACCAGGACGGACAGAGGAAAGUUUCCGUCAGGAUCGGAAUGAAGGUGUAAAAUGAUGAUUUGAGAAACUGUACACCAUCUGAACAAUUAGAAUUUUUAGAUUUCCGAGCUUGGUUGCUUGCUCCUUGGCAAACUGUGGGUGCAUUAUAACGGUAGACUAGCUAUUUCGUUAACUAGCUGGGUAGCUAUCGUUGCCUGUCUGGAUUUCUGUUUCGGAUUUCGCACAUCUAGCUAGCUAGCUAGCCAUGUAGCUAGCUAGCUAGCUAGCUAGUUUAUCUAGCUAAUUAAAAUCAAGUCUUUUCCUUUACAGUAUUGGAUAUGCCUGCGGGUCUGAUUUGGAUUAAGAUGCGGAAUACUUCAUCAAUUUGGCUUUAUUGUUUUCUGACUGACUAGUUGGUUAGCUAGUUAAUCGCAUCUCUCUUUUGGAAGAUCGGGGUUCUAGCUGGCUCGCUAAAUAAUAAAGAAGAGAGAAAGUAACAGCUAUUCGGCUCUAUUUUGUUCCAUCGCCGAUAGUUACCGCUUUAAUAGUAUGUGAAUCCGUUUAAUUUUUCUGCGUUCCUUUGCAAUGGUACCCAGUACGCUGGCGCUGUAUGGAAUUGAAUCAAGGCGAGGGAGCGGUGAUAAAUCAGGGCCUGGAAAUUAGUUUCUUUAACUAGCAAUUUGUUAGCCAAGUUGGGACACUUGACAGUUGUGUGCGAGAAAUCUGGUCUGCAGUUAUGUCAUCAAGGCGCUUUUAAAAUGUCAAGCGAGUAGUUAUUCAGAUCGUUUGCUUGGUAGUCAGUAGCCAGUAAGCUGCACUUUUUGUUGAGACCCGUUGCUUAUACGCGGAGCGUUUACAAUGGGAUUGCUUGCUUGCUAAUUAGCGAGGUCGCUUUAAAAGUACUCGAAAGCAAUACCUUACACGGGUUGACAUCUCUUCAUAGCCUGAAUUAAUCUCCUUUUGCAUCGAAGUUCAGGCUUGGGCACUCACUGUAAAUUGGCGUUUCACACCCACUUUGGGUUUUCACAAGGUCCUACCAACUGAAGAACACCUCCUAUUUAAUUUGUCUUUGAAAUAGGCUCAUUGCUUUGCCAUGGAGGGUGUUGGUGGCGGUAACCCACAGAAAGUCACCCCGCUUGCUCGUGAAUUGACAAGGAUCUUUAACAGUUACAAUAAACACUCCAUACUGCUGAAAAAGAACUUGAAAGAGACCAACGCAUUUUUCCGCGAGAUCAGACAGAACUACAGCAAUGCAUGUGCAUCUGCCGCCAGCUCGGAGGCCGCUGCAUUGGAAGCAGUCGCUCUGCUCUCCCUCGCUCCCUCCCCAGGCCAGCUGAGCUGCAUCGCCUUCCCCCGGCACGAGGAGGAGUUCCUGCAGGCCAGCGUGGGCAGCACCCCGUACAUCCUGGUGCUGGGGCAGGACUGCGCCGCCCGCUACCAGCUGCUCAACUGCCUGCUGGCGGAGAGGCUGCUGCCCGUGUGCGAGGGCGGCGGGGGCUGCGGCCAGGGCGGCGGCUGCAAGCGGCGCAAGCUCUGCUUCACGCACGGCCGGCAGACCCGGCUCAGCCUGGCGCUGCCCGGCCAGUACGAGCUGGUGCACCAGCUGGCGGCGCACUGCGGCCGCUGGGACACCGUGCCCAGGGAGGACCUGGAGAUCCACGAGGACUGCCAGGACCCCGCCCACCGCCUGGCCGAGCUGGAGGUCACGCUGCAUCACCCCCUGCUGCAGGAGGCUAAGAUCAUGGUGGUGCCCUGCCCCAGCGUGCAGCCCAUAGAGCAGGCCCUGGAGGACUGCCUUCGCAACGUGGUGCCCAUCCUGCUCUACGCCGCCAACCAGGACCAGCUGACGCCCGCGCAGGUGUCCGAGCUCCAGAAGGUGCGGGAGGCCCUGCCCUUCCCCAUCUGCUUCGUGCGCGUGCCCAGCGAGCCGGGCCCCGAGGGCGGGCGGGGCACGGACCGGGACCGGGACCGGGACCGGGGCGCCCUCCAGAAACAGCUCCUCACCCUGGGGUUCCUCAGCAGCCCGGCGGGGAACUGCGCCUGCGGUGCCCCCCCGCAGUCGCCCCACCCGGCCGCCAAGCCGCAGAGCGCCCUGGGGGACAGCCUGGAGCGGCUGCACCGGCUGCUGGUGCCCUUCGCCCGGCAGGUGCUGCACAACCAGCAGGUGGAGGCCGCCAACCUGCUCAAUGGCCUGCACUGCCGCUGCCUGGACCUCUUCAUCAACCAGGCCUUCGACAUGCAGCGGGACCUGCAGAUCACGCCGCGGCGGCUGGAGUACACCCGCGAGAAGGAGGGCGAGCUCUUCUCCUCCCUCAUGGCCAUCGCCAACCGCAAGCAGGAGGAGAUGAAGGAGAUGAUCGUGGAGACGCUGGGCAGCAUGAAGGAGCAGCUCCUGGAGGAUGCCGCCAACCUGGAGUUUACAGAUAUUAUCGUUACGCCCAACGGGGAGCCCGUGACCUCCAAGGACAUCAAGUCGUGCAUCCACCAGAUCCAGGAGCUGAUCGUGGUGCGGCUGAACCAGGCCGUGGCCAACAAGCUGAUCAGCUCGGUGGACUACCUGCGCGAGAGCUUCGUGGGCACGCUGGAGCGCUGCCUGAGCAGCCUGGAGAAGUCCACCACGGACUCCUCCGUGCACAACGUCACCUCUAACCACCUGAAGCAGAUUCUGAACGCUGCCUAUCACGUCGAAGUUACGUUCCAUUCUGGGUCCUCGGUUACGCGGGUAGUGUGGGAGCAGAUCAAACAGAUCCUCCAGCGGCUGACGUGGGUGAACCCGCCGGCCAUCACGGCCGAGUGGAAGAGGAAGGUGGCGCAGGACGCGAUCGAGAGCCUCAGCGCCGCCAAACUGGCCAAGAGCAUCUGCUCUCAGUUCCGCACGCGCCUCAACAGCUCCCACGAUGCCUUCGCUGCUUCCCUGCGCCAGCUGGAGGAGGGUCACACGGGCCGGCUGGAGCGGACGGAGGACCUCUGGUUACGCGUGCGAAAGGACCACGCCCCCCGACUGGCACGCCUCUCUUUGGAAAGCCGAUCGCUCAGAGACGUUCUGUUGAACGGAAAGCCUAAACUGGGCCGGGAGCUCGGGCGGGGCCAGUACGGGGUGGUGUACCUGUGUGACAGCUGGGGAGGCCACUUCCCCUGCGCUCUCAAAUCCGUCGUACCCCCCGACGACAAGCACUGGAACGACCUGGCGCUGGAGUUCCACUACACCAGAUCCCUGCCGAAGCACGAGCGGCUGGUGGACCUGCACGGCUCUGUCAUCGACCACACGUACGGCGGCGGCUCCAGCAUCGCCGUGCUGCUCAUCAUGGAGAGGCUGCACCGCGACCUCUACACUGGACUCAAGGCGGGGCUGUCCUUGAAAGAGCGGUUGCAGGUGGCCCUGGACGUGGUGGAAGGGAUCCGGUUCCUGCACGGCCAGGGGCUGCUACACAGAGACAUCAAGCUGAAGAAUGUUCUACUGGACAAACAGAACCGUGCGAAGAUCACGGAUUUGGGGUUCUGCAAGCCGGAGGCCAUGAUGUCGGGCAGCAUUGUGGGAACGCCCAUCCACAUGGCGCCGGAGCUGUUCACAGGGAAGUAUGACAACUCUGUGGACGUGUACGCCUUCGGAAUCCUCUUCUGGUACUUGUGCACGGGCUCCGUCAAGCUCCCAGAAGCCUUUGAGAAAUGCGCCAGCAAGGAUCAGCUGUGGACCAACGUGAAGAAAGGUGCCAGGCCGGAGCGUUUGCCCAGUUUCGACGAGGAGUGCUGGCAGCUGAUGGAAGCCUGCUGGAACGGAGACCCAUCCCAGAGGCCUCUGCUGGGCAUCGUGGAACCCAGCUUGCAAAGCAUCAUGGUCCGUUUGUGCACUACAGGGUCUGACCGGAAGAGCGCCAGUUUGGAGGACUCUACGUGAAUGGAGGGAGGGAGGGAGGGAGGGAAGACGACUGCGCGUGUGGCAGAUAAAUGUGGAUUUAUGUCUGAAUUUGAAAACCUGGGCGAGCUUGAGUUCUGUUGGUCAAGGAAGCACCAUGAAUUAAACGCCAAGUCAGAUAUUUCUUCCAUCGCAAGUAAGUUAAUGUAAACGUGGUUUGAGACAGACCGGAACAAAAUGCAACACUUAUGCAAGUACUUGUGUAUAUAUGUUUUUGUGUCUUGUAUUUAUAUAUAAAUUCAGGCAUACACUAUGCUUCUUUCAUAGCAUGCAUGCUAAUGCCUGCUUCUCAUUAGAUUAUUAGCUACUAGGGAUAAAACAUUGUUUUAAAAAUAGUAAGAUUCCCAGUAUUAUGAAAAAAGACAUUAAUUUUAGUCUGUAUUUAAAAUUGAUAUUGGAGUAUUACAUGCAUUAUAAAAUGACUUUUUUAAUAAAAUGACUUUGACAAAUGA